UACGCCGCAUGGAGGCGGUGCAAUCUCAUGGUCUGUGCUUGGAUCUUCAAGUCUGUCCACUCAUCCAUAGCACAGAGCAUUAUGCACCUCGACAGAGCUGAUGACGUCUGGGGGGAUCUGAGAAGAAGGUUCUCACAAAGGGACGCGCAACGCAUAUCAAUUUUGCAAAGUGAGAUCCAUAAUCUACGGCAAGGUUCACUCUCUGUCAACGAGUACUACACGAAAUGCAGAACUCUAUGGGAAGAGAUGAACACCUUGAGGCCGAUUCCUCUGUGUAAGUGCACUCCUAGGUGUUCUUGUGAUCUGGUUGAAACAAUCCGGAAGGAAAAAGAGAUUGAUCAGGUAAUCCUAUUUCUGCAAGGCUUGAAUGAGGACUAUAACAACUUGAAAUCAACUGUUAUAGUGCUAGAUCCUCUACCUGAAGUCUAUAAGGUGUUUGUAAUGUCUGAAAAAUUAGAGAGGCAGAUUAUGGCAUCUCAUUUGAAUUUAGGAAACCUGGACAUAAAACAAUCUAAUGCAGUUCAAACAUGCGAGAAUGAAGAUACUGUUGCUGCUUUGAAUUUCUAUAAUGGCAGGAAAAAUAACAAUGUGAAAGCCAAGUGUACCUAUUGUGGUAUGAACGGGCAUACAGUUGAUAGAUGCUACAAGAAACACGGGUAUCCACCGGGUUGGGUGCAAGGUUUUAAAUCAAAAGGGAAACAGCAAGGAACAGCCGCAUCUGUCAACAAUCCUAAUGAUCUGGGAAUAUCUCCUGAACAAUUGCACAAACUGUUCUCCUCAUUCCUUCAGACUCAACCGGGCCAAGCAUCAGGAUCUUCCAGCUCAAACAACCCUCCUGGAUCACAUGUCACAGCUGCAACUGCCUUGAUCCCAAAAUUUGAAAAGUCUUGCAGCCCUGAAGGAGUGCAUGAUUCAAGGGAGUCAUGGUCAGAUAGUUGGUUUAGCUAAGGAAGAAAAGGGGCUCUAUCUAAUGAAGGAGCCACAAGAAGAGCAGAAUGGACAUUUUGUUUUGCAGUGCAGUAAGUCUGAGGUCUGGCAUCGAAGGCUGGGACAUUUCCCGAUCAACAAGUUACAUCUCAUUUGUGAUAUUGAUAUUACUAAGAACAAUAAUAACAAGGCUUGUGAUGUAUGUCAUUUGGCUAAGCACAAGCGUUCCCCCUUCCCAAUAAGUGUUACUAGUUCACAUUCCUGCUUUGAAUUAAUACAUGUUGA